CUAUUGGUACUGCAGCAGCUGCCAGUGUCAGGCCUGAUGAACCAGAACUUGCAGUUGAAGCAGCCAUUGAGUUGAACACAGCAGAAGACACAUCUAGCCAGAUUAAAUCGAUUGAGGCAGUACAAGAAAAACUUCUGGAAUUUUCGCCAGAACCUGUAAGAGAACCCACACCAGAACCCGUUAGAGAACCCACACCAGAACCGUUAGAGAACCAGCACCAGAACCCAUUAGAGAACCAACACCAGAACCCAUAAGGGAACCAACACCUGAACCAAUACGAGAGCCAACACCUGAACCUGUCAGAGAACCAACGCCGGAACAGUUAGAUGAAAUGUCUCACAAGCCCCUUGUAAAAACACUGCCAUCAGCAGAGCCAGAACAGUCCUCCAUUGGUCAGUUGUCAGCACAGAUGGACCUUUUCAAAUUUGAAGAGAAUGAAGCUGUUCCUUCCCUGGGAACUACUGUCAUGUCUCCUCCUUGUUCCCCACCAGGGCCUGUUUCUCCUGUCAGGGAACCACAGAAUGCCUCAUCUCUGCUGGACAUGCACUUCCAGUCUGAUAUGGACCCAGACAGAGGUACAGGAGAGAAGAGCUGAAGAGGAGGAGGAAGAGGAGAAAGAAAACCUGUUUAUGUCUACCUCCACACCUCCAUCUGCAGAGGCCUUUAAUUUGAUGGCACAACCUCAGUUGGGUGCCUCACCCUUAGAUGAUUUCAUUUCCAGGCACUUGAUCUCUCCGCAUGAAAAAGAGGUGGCAGUGGAAAAGGCAGAUGAAGAGAUCAAUGAGGAUGAUGAUGAGGAUGAAGAAGAUGAAGAUGAGGAACAGAGGAUGAGAAUCACUGACAUGAGCACAUCUCAACCCUCUGAGGAGUUUCAAGUCAGGUCUUCAGCUUUUGGUGGCUCAGCGGGCUGGCAUGGUGACGACCUGCUGUCUGGAAUGGACUCUGAAGAUAUGAGCAGCUGCACCAGCAGUCGGCAGCAGGGUGUGUCUGAUAUCAGUAGCACCCAGCAUACGGCAAUACUGGAAGGCACUCAGAGCUCAGACGCCCUGGUUGACUCAAGCUUCCGUGGCUCUGAGGGAGAUGGGAACCUCAUGGGCUCCCCCAACGUGGAAACCCUUGCCAAUGAGGAAGAGGAAGAUGAGGAUGAAGAGGAUGAGCGGGUGGAUGAUAUGGACCUGAGUUCAGAGAGAGUAGAGGAGCAUCACAAAGUCCUCCAACAUCAAGAACAAGAUGAGGAUGAAGAUGUCGAGAUGCACAGUGAAGGAGUGACCGAGAGCUGUGAGAAUGUAGAUGAAGAUGACUUUAAUGAGGAGGAGCGUUUAGACAACCUUAAUCGCUCUGGCCUUCCUGCCUCCUCCUGGGGUCAGACAAACCCAUUCUCUGAUACCUGGGCUCAGCCAACCUCACUGCUCUCUGUCUCCUCCCCCAGCCCUCUCUCUGAUCAUGGUGCAGCUGAGUCUGAAACACCAACCCAGUCUCCAGCCCAAACAUGCUUGGACAGCAGCGCCCCCUCCUUUGCUCCUCAGUCAGAACAGGAGCCCCAGAAGCAUGACUUGGCUCCUGAGGAGGCUCAUGACCUGCUUGCCACCCCUGGUGUAGGCAUGUCCCAAUCCAGCACUCUGGCCCCACACAGCCACAGUGAAACAAGCACACCAGAGGAGCUACGUGAUUACGACAGCAGCUCUGGGGUGGAGUCUCGCUCUGACAAACAGCAGACUCCGGUACCAGCUCCAGUUCAACCUGACAUGGAGCAGGACUUGGGCAUACACUUGGAGAAAGGCGAUGGUGAGGAAGAGGAGGCUGAGACUCUCCCUGCAGAUGAGGUUCUGGGAACAGGACCCCCAACUGCACCAGCAUCCGCCCCAUCUUCUGCAUCCACCUCAGGAGAUGAGGCCAGUGACACGGAGGGUGAGAUGCAGAUAAAUGAUCCCGAUGCACCCAUGUUGAUGGAUGAGACCACUGGAUUCGAAAGCCCAACUCCCACCUGCAACCUUCCUGCUCUUGAGGAAGAUGAGGAGGCGGCACAAGUAGGCGAGGGUGAAGAAGAUGGAGGUGGUACCACCCCUCAGUCAGCCAAUUCAGUAGCGUCUUACGGUUUUGACUGUACCACCUCCAACUCCAAUGCCCACUCAAUGGCUGAGAGCUGUGGAAAGAGCCCAGGGAUCUUCUCCCUGGAGAAUGAAGAGCAGCUGCCGGAGGAGGCCAAAGACCCAUCCCUCAUCAAGGAGCUGACUCUGCCAUCAGCAGCUGCUGCACAGGCAGAGGACCUGCUGGGCAAGCCUGUGGACCUGAUGCCUUUGGGCCAUCCAGUAGACAUCCAACCCAGUCUAGAUGAGCACCACUACAUGCUGGGGGGAAAGAUUGCUGCUGACCACCUGGAGGAGGUCGACCCACUGGAGCCCCGUCUCGGGACCCAGGAAUCUGAUGACACCGGUGACAGCCAGCCACCCUACUACUCUACCAUAUGUGAUAAGACUGAUAGUUUUCUGGCAGGAGACGAGAAGAGGGAUGAGGUGGCUGAAGAUCACAGGCUGCAAACACACUCACAGGAAGACAACCAGAACCACAACCACACUAAACCUGUUCCUAUUGCUAAUGGUCAUUAUUUGGCAUUGGUGCCAGGAAAUAGGAGGCCCAUCGAUCCCACUCUUGCAGCACAUUUUGCAAAAAUUGCACCCCCUCCACUUUUGAUAGAGCCUGGUGCUGAUGGUCGUACUGGUGGUGAACAGUUGAGGAGGUUAGAGCAGCACCAGGAGAAGUUGAGAGAGAUGCAGCACCGCCAGGAGCAGGAGAGGCAGAAGAGGCAGUGGUUGGAGGAGGAGAGGCUCAGGCUGGAGCAGCAGAAGCAGCUGGAGAAGCAGCGACGGGAGCUUCUCCAGCUGCAGCUGCAACAGCAGCAGCAGGAACACCGACACCGCAGGCAGGUCCUGCAGUGGCAGCUGGAGCUGGAGCAGCAGUACCGCAUGCAACAGAAGCAGAUCCUGCAGCAGCAGCAGCUCAGGAGGAGCCCCACUGGAGUCAUGAUCUCCCCAUCAUCAGGCCUCUGCACUAUUUACGAAGCCAUGGAGACCAGUGACGAGGAGGACGAGGCAAGAGGAGAGCACAACAGGAACACACAGAGGGGGGUGGAGGUGUUUGGGAGGAUGGUUCCCUGCAGCCAGAGUGUUACCCAGAAUCUCCAGAGGCAAAUGCGUCCAGUGCCUCCGCAGGAGCUGGAAUGGAACAAGAAGGUGGACAUGGUGCAGCAGCUCAUCAACCAGACCUUAAUGCUGUCUGGAGAUGGAGGCUGCCCACCUCUGCUCCUCCUUCCUGUAGGUACAGGGGGCACCCUGAGCCCUUGGAAAGCAGCAUGUGGCCUAACAUGCUGCCCCAGUUCAGCCCUCCUGCUGCGACUGUCACCUCUGUCAGCAGCUACUCCCCAGACAGCCGGGGCAGCUCCCCACCUGGAGACUGGACUGUGGUGGAGGUGGAGACCCAGCACUGAGGUCAAAUAAUCAACCUGUCAAUAUGCAUCUGAAUAAUCAAUACAUUUAUUAAUCAUGGAUGUGCAAUAAGCUAAAACUGCUGUAUAACAUCACUAUUUUAUAUACAUCUCCAGUAUAGAUCGCCAUUAGUAAAACAUCACAUACAGUUUUUCACAUAUAGUUUAACUGAAGCUGUUAUAACCUUAUUUCUGUUAGCUUACUGUAAAGAUUAGAGCAGGGAUACUCAACUUGCAUUGCCAGUGAUAAACUAUAUUUAUCAGGUAAAAUAAAUAAAGAAAAAUCCCAGUUAUGAUUACGAUGAUUGAGAUUAGUUCAAAGAAGUACAGAUAACCUGGAGAGAUUUUUUUCUCUAUAGUAAAAUAACGGGCUGAGCCAGGUCUUUCUGAGAGAAAUCCAGAAUUCGACCUUUUUUUAUGGACUCUGGGCUGGAGUAACAGAAAUUGUUGUCACUCAUGGCAGCUAAUCGCUGUUCAGAUGCAAUUCUUCUUCUCUGCUACAUGGAUCGACACAGAAGUUUGGAAAAUACUUUCAAUUUUGCAGCAUGAAACAGUGUCAGAAGAUUGGGUUUUAUAUUUAGCCUUUAGAUUUGGAUGCAGAGGACAGAGCUACUUAAAGAAGGUGUGUAUUUUCAAAUUCCGUUGUUUUUCCCCCUGAUUUUUACUCCCGCACCUUUAAAAGUUGGCUACAUCAAAACUAAUUUUAAAGAAAUUGGAUUCAUGUCUGACCUGUUCACUUAAGUGUCUUUUGCUUCCUUAAACAUUUUUGAAAAGUUGAGAAUACGCAUGAAAUACAUCUCCGGAAAUGCACCAAAUGCCUUUCUUCAGCUCCUCUAAACCUAA